GACCCAACGCUCCACGAACUGUGCAGAAUUCAAACUUUACUAGCAGAUCAACACAAGAUAUUACAUCAAAGUUUCUCUCAGUUUGAGGCCUAUAAAUGGACCAUUCUGCAUCUAAAUCAGCACCCUACAACUUUCUCUCUCUUCUUGCUUUCCUCAUCCACUACUCCCUCCACAGUGCACUCUCAUUUUUGGUAGAUUUUUUCUUUCCCAGUUUCCUAUUCUAUAGGUAAUUGGAUCUUUCAUUCACAUUUCUUUUCACCAAUAAAAGUUUUUAGAGGCAAUUCACAAGAUUCAACAAGUAAUUGAUAACUCGAGAUGGAGAGAAGAAAAUCCUCCCUUCUUCAAAUUCAGGCACCAACUUAUGGAAACCUAAUCACCAUCCUCAGCAUAGAUGGAGGUGGAAUCAGGGGGAUUAUUCCUGCCACUAUUCUUGCCUACCUCGAGGCUCAACUCCAGGAGCUGGAUGGGGAGGAGGCAAGACUUGCAGAUUACUUCGACGUGAUUGCCGGAACAAGCACCGGUGGUCUUGUGACAGCCAUGUUAACUGCACCCGAUGAAAACAACCGUCCUCUCUAUGCAGCCAAAGACAUCAAACCUUUUUACCUAGAGCACGGUCCCAAGAUUUUCCCACAGAAAAGUGGCUUGUUUAAAUCCAUUGGAAAAACGUUAAAAACAUUAAGAGGACCCAAAUAUGAUGGGAAGUAUCUUCAUGGGCUUGUAAGGGAGAAGCUGGGAGAUAUCCGAUUAAGUCGUACACUCGCCAAUGUUGUCAUUCCAACUUUUGAUAUCAAAGACUUGCAGCCAACCAUUUUCUCCACUUAUCAGGUAAAAGGCUCUUCAUGUUUGGAUGCUCAAUUAUCCGAUAUUUGCAUAAGUACUUCUGCAGCUCCAACCUACCUUCCAGCCCAUUACUUCAAGACCCAAGAUAACAAAGGGAAUGUUCGAGAAUAUAAUCUUAUUGAUGGGGGUGUUGCUGCAAAUAAUCCGACUUUGGUUGCCAUUAGCGAAGUGACAAAACAGGUCAUUGAGAACAAUCCAGACUUCUUUCCCAUCAAGCCCAUGGACUAUGCUCGAUAUCUAGUAAUUUCAAUUGGCACAGGGGCAGCAAAGAUUGAACAGAAAUACAAUGGUAAAAUGGCUGCCAAAUGGGGAGUUCUAGGCUGGUUAAUUCAUGGAGGUUCGACUCCAUUGGUGGAUGUGUUUACUCAAUCAAGUGGAGAUAUGGUUGAUUUUCACAAUUCUGUGGUUUUCCAAGCACUUCAUUCAGAAGAAAAUUACCUUCGAAUUCAAGAAGACACAUUGACUGGUACAGAAGCUUCAGUUGAUGUUGCGACGAAGGCCAACUUGGAAAAACUGGUAAAAAUAGGUGAAAAUCUACUGAAGAAACCAGUUUCAAGGGUAAAUUUGGAGACGGGACUCCACAAACCAGUUGAAAACGCAGGCACAAAUGAGGAUGCUCUCAAGAGGUUUGCCAGACUACUUUGCAAUGAAAGGAGACUUCGAGAGUUAAGAUCGCCACUGACCAGCAAGGCACUGACCAACAAGGCUCAAGCGUCAAGCCUCAAUGUUGUGCAUCACAUUGUUAUCCCUUGACCAUAUGCCCGUUUACUUCUCAUAUUUGUCGUCAAAUUUAACUAUUUUUUAUUCUUUGCACAAAUUUGUAAAACAUGCUAUGCGAUCGAAAGAUAGACGUUCUUUAAUUAGAAAAUAUUUAUAGAUUUUCAUUUCUCUUUGAACGGUGAGAAUUU